AUGUGUGCUCCCGGGAAUCAAGACGAAUCUGACGACGUGAGCGAGCGAGCGAGCGGACAACUAUUUGCGAAGGGGUGUGCAAACGGCGACAGAGACAAAGGCUCUGCAUCAUGCUAUUCACAAAGGAAUCUACGAGUGGUUCGGAAUCGACUUCACCCACUUUGGAAGAACUACGACUGGACAGCAGACAGAGUGAGAUCUUGACGGCUUGGUGAAAGAUUUCCAGAAAUGUUGUUGCUUUAUAGAAUAUGCCAAGACAUGUUCCUGAAGCUGCAUGAGAACAGAUUCACGUCAACUCAAUCGGUCGAUCAGCUCUUCUGCAACAAGUGUGACAAGUUCCUCGCCGAUCGUUUCGUCACCGGAACCUGCCCAAUGUGCGCAUAUGACGACGCCAGAGGAGAUCAGUGUGACGGAUGUGGAAAGUUGAUCAACGCGGUCGAACUGAAGGACGCGAAGUGUGUGCAAAGGACCUCCAGAAGUGAAACAAUCGACGCACAUCUUCCUCUCGCUCGAAAAGCUCCAGCAGAAAACCACCGAUCAUUUGGACAAAGAACUGGCCAAAGAGGAUAACCGUUGGUCGGCGAACGCUGUCGGAAUCACAAGAGCCUGGAUGAAACUGGGACUUGAUCCUCGAUGCAUUACGAGAGAUCUCAAGUGGGGAACUCCCGUUCCAUUCGACCAUGAACACUCUCAUUCUUCUGCUCGGACUUUGCUCCGUCGCUGCUGCUCAAUUCGGAGGAUACGGUGGACGCAGAGGAGGACCCGGCGGACCCGGUGGAUACAACGAAGGACAAGGAGGAGCGGGAGGAUUCCCCGAAGGACCCGGCGGAUUUCAAGGUGGAGCAGGAGGAGCCGGAAACGGAGCGGGAGAGCUCACUUACGAGGCGAAGGGACGACUUAUUUGCGGACUGACUCGAGUCGAUAAGGUUCGUUUGUGAUUUAAAUAGAAGAGUUCUUCUGAAUAUCUCUUUUUGCAGGUGCGCGUUGUGCUCUGGGAUCGUUUCCGUGGCCGCGAGAACAUCAUCUACGACGAGACGUACACCGACGAUCGGAGGUUCUUUCCAGCAGGGAAACCGCGGACAGUUCGGAGGCAACAGAGAGAUCUUCGCGCACGGAGGCAGAAAUGACUUCGGAGGAGAGUCGUCCAUCACUGUCUGA